AUGUACCAUGAUGCACCGCUGCUGUCAGUCAGCCGAGCACUGUACUGCUGUACAGGCGAAGAGCUCACUGACAGACGGGCUGGCUUGCUCACUUUCAGUGCUUCAAACAUGGACCAAGACAACAAUUCAGAGGAUGAGUCAGUCGGCCCAUCAGAAGAAGAACUGCCAUGUCUACCUCCAGGGCUCUCUGAUGGUGAAGCAGUGGAGCUGCUUUGGCAGUUCCGAGCCCAGCGCCGCCAGUCGUCCCCCGACCUCCCGGAGACAGUGACCCGUCUUACUGCACCCGACGGCAGCCUCCUAUACCUGGUGGGCACUGCGCACUUCAGUGACAGCAGCAAAAAGGACGUGGCCACGACGAUUCGCGCUGUGCAGCCAGACGUAGUGGUGGUGGAGCUGUGCCAGUACAGGGUGUCAAUGCUGAAGAUGGACGAGAACACACUACUGAAGGAAGCCAAAGACAUCAACCUGGAUAAGGUUCAGCAGGCCAUCAAACAGAAUGGGCUGAUGUCUGGACUGAUGCAGAUUCUCCUGCUCAAAGUUUCAGCUCACAUCACGGAGCAGCUGGGCAUGGCUCCUGGAGGAGAGUUUAGGGAGGCCUUCAAGGAGGCUGGACGGGUGCCGUUCUGUAAAUUUCACCUUGGGGACAGGCCAAUCCCUGUGACGUUCAAGAGGGCUAUUGCUGCUCUCAGUCUGUGGCAGAAGGCCCGUCUGGCCUGGGGUCUUUGUUUUCUGUCAGAUCCAAUCAGUAAAGAGGACGUAGAGAAGUGCAAACAGAAGGACCUGCUGGAGCAGACCAUGUCGGAGAUGAUCGGCGAGUUUCCUGCUCUCCACCAGACCAUCGUGGCUGAAAGAGACAUCUACCUCACUCACACGCUUCGCCAGGCUACACGCUGUGUGGAGGCUCCCCCUAAUGCCCAGAAAGUGCCUGCUGUGGUGGUGGGAGUCGUAGGGAUGGGUCAUGUUCCUGGCAUAGAAAGAAACUGGGAGAAGCAGCUUAACAUUAAUGAAAUCAUGAGUGUCGCGCCUCCCUCACGUUUUGGCUGGGUGUUGCGCACAGUCAUAAAGGGCGUCAUGAUGGGAAUGCUGGGAUAUGCCUGCUACCGUGCUGGAGGGAGUAUGGGUAGAGCCCUACUGUCUUUACCUGCUGUCCAAUCAGUACUGGAGACUCUGCGACCACCCCCUGCUUGACCCCACUGGUCCUCUCUAAGCCAUCAGUGACACGACUUUUGAUUUAUGAAAACAAUGCAUCCAUCACCAGUGGCCUUAAAAACAGGAGGUGAGGCUGGAGGAAAAGGGUUCACCAGCUCACAUGAUGAACUAGCAAGGACCUCAGGGGGAGUUUAGAGUCUCCCACCUCGUAUUGAUGUCCCUGUAGACACAGCAGGGCCGUACUGCCAAAGAAACCAUGACAGUACUCUUCGUUUUCUUUCAUAUUUUGUGCAAAUCCUGCAUUUUGUAAGGUUUACAAAUGCCAACAAUUCCUUUUGAAUCGAUAUAUAUUGUAUAUUUUCCCCACCAUUCCUUUUAAUGACUUACACACAGAGAUUUUAUUUGACAGAUACCAUCAGAAACAUGAUAUGACUGAGCCACUUUCUGAGAGGCACACUUUUCUAUCGCUGUCUCCUUAUUCCUUCCUCAUUGUAUUUGUGCCGGCCAGCAUUUUUUGGGUAAUUGGCACAUUUCAAGUCCAGCACUUUAGAAGAGACUGGUGUAGUCUUGUACUGUACGUGCAGUCUAUGGAAGGGAAAAGAAAGUAAAAUAGCAAGCCAGUUAGAACUAUAGUAAAGAAAUGGAAGAAGUAUAACCUUGAGAGUCUGUUAAAACCAUCCAUUUUAAUAGCUGAUGCAUAGAGUGACUGGGUAAAAGUUAAGAUUUCUGAAUUGGAAGGUUGACCAUCAUUUUCUUAAUUGUAUAAACUGCAUAUUCUUCAAAACUCACAUACAGGAUUAGCAUAAGACAAAAUUUGACUUAUUCCUUAUGUGCACGGUCCUGCCUACAUCAACAGACAAGUGCCUCAUAUUGCAGCUGUAAGGGCUACUGAUCAACUAAAUGGAAUGGCAAAAAUGUGUGUUAUAUGCAUCUUACAGAUACCACAACCAAAUGGUCAAUGCAGAUUUGUAAGAAUUUGCCCUUUUAUUAAUCUGAGAUAUGGUAGACAAACUUUUUAAAUACUGUUACCCCAAAUAUAGACAACGUGUCAACAUUUGUGUUAUCUUGGUUUCAGUUGAAAUGUUACAACAGCCCCUGCAUUUUAUAUUUAUAUUCACUUGUAUAUUCAACAGAGACCCAACACAGGACAAGCUGAAAUGUGCCUCAGGAUGAGAAACGUGUGAAUUAUGCGAUUUGUAUAUUUGAUUGUACCUCCAAUAUGAGGCACCUUCAUCUUUAGGCUUUAACUGGCUCCAUCUCUGAGAAAAAGGUUUCAUACUUGACACAGAAAUAUGCAUCAUCUACAGAAAGCCAUCUCUAAGAACCUCCACAUGAGAACAUCUGGCAUUCAGCGCACCAGCUGUUUGUACUUUUAUGAUAUAUGCAUUAUCACUUCCCAGUCUGAUUGUAAAAUGGGAACAGGGAAUGAUUGAACAGAUAAAAAGAUUAAAAAAAAAAAAAAAGAAAUUGAUUCU